GGAAGGGGAGAGGGAGGCCGGGCCGCAGCCUCUGCACUCACGCCGCCCCCGCACGCACAGCGCACCUGGCGCCGUCUGCCCUCCGCAGCGCUCGCCCCUUUCUCUGGGAGGACAACCUGCUGACCCGAAGCCAGGAUGGACGGCAGAUGGCAAUGUUCCUGCUGGACCUGGUCCCUGCUGGUUCUGGCAGUUGUGGCUGGGGACACAGUGUCAACCGGGUCCACGGACAAUAGCCCGACGUCCAAUAGCCUGGAGGGGGACACCGAUGCCACGGCCUUCUGGUGGGGGGAGUGGACCAAGUGGACGGCGUGCUCCCGCAGUUGCGGAGGUGGGGUGACAUCCCAGGAGCGGCACUGCCUGAAGCAGAGGAGGAAGUCCGCCCCAGGCCCCAGGAACAGGACCUGCACGGGCACGUCUAAGCGGUACCAGCUCUGCAGAGUGCAGGAGUGUCCGCCGGACGGGAGGAGCUUCCGCGAGGAGCAGUGCGUCUCCUUCAACUCCCACGUGUACAACGGGCGGACGCACCAGUGGAAGCCUCUGUACCCGGAUGACUAUGUCCACAUCUCCAGCAAACCGUGUGACCUGCACUGCACCACCGUGGACGGCCAGCGGCAGCUCAUGGUGCCCGCCCGCGACGGCACGUCCUGCAAGCUCACCGACCUGCGAGGGGUUUGCGUGUCUGGAAAAUGUGAGCCCAUCGGCUGUGACGGGGUGCUUUUCUCCACCCACACACUGGACAAGUGCGGCGUCUGCCAGGGGGACGGUAGCAGCUGCACCCACGUGACGGGCAACUAUCGCAAAGGGAACACCCACCUCGGUUACUCUCUGGUGACCCACAUCCCGGCUGGCGCCCGAGACAUCCAGAUUGUAGAGAGGAAGAAGUCUGCUGACGUGCUAGCUCUUGCAGACGAAGCUGGCUACUACUUCUUCAACGGCAACUACAAGGUGGACAGCCCCAAGAACUUCAACAUCGCAGGCACCGUGGUCAAGUACCGGCGGCCCAUGGAUGUCUAUGAGACCGGAAUCGAGUACAUCGUGGCACAGGGACCCACCAACCAGGGCCUGAACGUCAUGGUGUGGAACCAGAAUGGCAAAAGCCCCUCCAUCACCUUUGAGUACACGCUGCUGCAGCCACCGCACGAGCCGCACGAGCGCCGCCCCCAGCCGGUCUACUACGGCUUCUCCGAGCCCGCCUCCGAGAGCGCUGAGAGCCAGGGCCUGGACGGGGCCGGGCUGAUGGGCUUCGUCCCACACAACGGCUCCCUCUACGGCCAAGCCUCCUCAGAGCGGCUGGGCCUGGACAACCGGCUGUUCGGCCACCCGGGCCUGGACAUGGAGCUGGGCCCGAGUCAGGGCCAGGAGACCAACGAGGUGUGCGAGCAGGCCGGCGGCGGGGCCUGCGAGGGGCCCCCCAGGGGCAAGGGCUUCCGAGAUCUCAACAUCACAGGGACUCCUCUCGCCGGGGACAAGGAUGACCAAGAGGUUGACACCCACUUCGCCUCCCAGGAGUUCUUCUCGGCUAAUGCCAUCUCCGACCAGCUGCUGGGCACAGGCUCUGACUUGAAGGACUUCACCCUCAAUGAGACUGUGAACAGCAUCUUUGCGCAGGGUGCUCCGAGGAGCUCCCUGGCCGAGAGCUUCUUCGUGGACUAUGAGGAGAACGAGGGGGCUGGUGCUUACCUGCUCAACGGGUCCUACCUGGAGCUGAGCAGCGACAGGGUUGCCAACAGCUCCGCCGAGGCCCCGUUCCCCAACGUCAGCACCAGCCUGCCCACCUCGGCCGGGAACAGGACUCACAAGGCCAGGACCAGGCCCAAGGCGCGCAAGCAAGGCGUGAGUCCCGCGGACAUGUACCGGUGGAAGCUCUCAUCCCAUGAGCCCUGCAGUGCCACCUGCACCACAGGGGUCAUGUCUACGUACGCCAUGUGUGUCCGCUACGAUGGGGUCGAGGUGGAUGACAGCUAUUGCGAUGCCCUGACUCGUCCCGAGCCUGUACACGAGUUCUGCGCCGGGAGGGAGUGCCAGCCCAGGUGGGAGACGAGCAGCUGGAGCGAGUGUUCGCGCACCUGCGGAGAGGGCUACCAGUUCCGCGUCGUGCGCUGCUGGAAGAUGCUCUCGCCCGGCUUCGACAGCUCCGUGUACAGCGACCUGUGUGAGGCAGCCGAGGCCGUGCGGCCUGAGGAACGAAAGACCUGCCGGAACCCCGCCUGCGGGCCCCAGUGGGAGAUGUCAGAGUGGUCCGAGUGCACUGCCAAGUGUGGGGAGCGCAGUGUGGUGACCAGGGACAUCCGCUGCUCAGAGGAUGAGAAGCUGUGUGACCCCAACACCAGGCCUGUAGGGGAGAAGAACUGCACGGGCCCGCCCUGUGACCGGCAGUGGACUGUCUCCGAUUGGGGACCGUGCAGUGGAAGCUGCGGGCAAGGCCGCACCAUCAGGCACGUGUACUGCAAGACCAGCGACGGACGAGUGGUACCUGAGUCCCAGUGCCAGAUGGAGACCAAGCCUCUGGCCAUCCACCCCUGUGGGGACAAAAACUGUCCCGCCCACUGGCUGGCCCAGGACUGGGAGCGGUGCAACACCACCUGUGGGCGCGGGGUCAAGAAGCGGCUGGUGCUCUGCAUGGAGCUGGCCAACGGGAAGCCGCAGACGCGCAGCGGCCCCGAGUGUGGGCUCGCCAAGAAGCCUCCCGAGGAGAGCACGUGUUUCGAGAGGCCCUGCUUCAAGUGGUACACCAGCCCGUGGUCAGAGUGCACCAAGACCUGCGGGGUGGGUGUGAGGAUGCGAGAUGUCAAGUGCUACCAGGGGACCGACAUUGUCCGUGGUUGCGAUCCACUGGUGAAACCUGUUGGCAGACAGGCCUGUGAUCUGCAGCCCUGCCCCACGGAGCCCCCAGAUGACAGCUGCCAGGACCAGCCAGGUACCAACUGUGCCCUGGCCAUCAAGGUGAACCUCUGCGGGCACUGGUACUACAGCAAGGCGUGCUGCCGCUCCUGCAGGCCCCCCCACUCCUAGGCCCGGCAGCUGCAGCCCCUUCCAGACGAAGACCCAGCGCCCCUCCUGGGGCUGCUGCAGCUUCUGGGGCCUCCACAGACCCCCCUCCUGCAGGGCAUGCUGGCCUGAGACGUGGCACUGAGUCUCGGCUGUCAAGAGGGGACUUCCCACGGCCCAUGGACUUUUGGGCUCCUGGGGCAGAGACUCCGGCACCCACUGGCCUCCCCCAGACAGGGCCACCCGUGCCGUGGGAACCUGUCUGUGUUCCUGUGUGGAUCCUGUGUGUGUGGCUCCCACUCCCCAGCCCCCAGCAGCCCCCAGCCGAGGGGCCCGAGGCCCACAGCCAGCAGUGGAGGUGUCUUGCCCCGGGCCGGCAGCCCACGCCCUCUCUAGGUGGCAGGGCCUUCUCAAGGAAACUUGCAGGCGAGCCCAAUGUGGGGGGAGCCUCCCUCCCUCGGAGACCACAGGGUGAGAGGGACACAGGCAGCCAAGGAGGCCCAGGCGUGCUCCCUCCUAUAGAGCCCCUCCCGUGGAGCUCUCUUCCCGCCGCACUUUCUACCCCGGGCAGAGGCGCUUGCCCACGGGACGUUUGGGGAUGGUCCGCGGGCCCCGCCCCUGCAGUCAUCGUCAGUGCUCAUCUACGUUAAUAAAGUGGUCCUAUUUAUGGUGGCA